AUGUCCAGAUCUUUGGGGAACUUCCGCUCCGUUCAAUCUUCCUUCUUCAACAUUCUUCCUGUCAAGCCUGCCACGGAUCACAUCCUCCGAAUUCCCAUCAACUCCGACAUUCAAUCUAGGCCAGUUCUCCGGAGGAUUCCCAACCCAUUUCGACUUGGGGCGAGAUCCUACAGCGCCUCUUCGGUCACUUCAAACCAAGCCGAUCCGACGGCCGAACAGACGACCAAACCUGGACCAACACGAUGGAAAUCGACCACAUUGAUUUCGUUGGCGACGCUCUCGAUGGGAUACCUAGUCGGGACAAGCUAUCCGCCAAAUCUGAUGAGCCAACUGGUCAUCAAUUCUUUCUUGAAACCGCCUACUACGAACUCAUCGCUCCACCGUCAGAAUGACUCCCCAGAGGCCCAAGAGAUUACCAACUCCAUCGAAUCCCAGCUCCACGAACUCCAGAUCGUCCAACAACUAAACGCUCAACCGGACCGUUGGUCAUCCUUCAGACCGUUCAACAAACUUGGCCGCCACCAGAUGGCACAUAGCCUCACCUAUUCAACUCUCAGAGGCUCUGGAAAAUUCGCAAUUCCUCCGAUCGUAUUUAUCAACAAGGACAAAACAGAAGCUGUAGUGAUUGUACACGUAGGUGAUAUGAUGUGUGGUCAUGAAGGGAUCGUCCAUGGAGGCUUGCUUGCGACGAUUUGUGAUGAAGGAUUAGCCGCCCUGGCGUUCAGCAAUUUGCCCAACAUGAUCGGAGUGACGGCUAGUUUGAAAUUGAGCUAUAAGAAGUCGGUACUUGCGAACCAAUUCAUCAUCCUGCGCUCAUGGCUUCCUGGCGAUCGUGCUCCGAAUGGGAGGAAGGUUUGGGCUGAUGGACGGAUCGAAAACCUGGCUGGAGAUGUCUUGGUCGAAGCUGAGAGCUUGUUUGUUGAACCCAAAGGUGCAAAGUUCAUCCGCACCAGUCAGCUUAAAGAAUUCAUGACAAGCUGA